UUGUUUCUGGCCAAUGGGAAAUCUUAUUGCGCACGUUGACUCUGAACAGGAACAAAAACAACAGGCACCGGCGAUCAUUAACAGAAUAAAGAGGCGGUGUUACCGGUGGUUUUAAACAUGGAUGGGUACAACUCUGGAGAGGACGUUGUUUUUAAUCCCGAUGAGACAAGCUCCUUAGUUAAGGAGUGUAUCGAAGGGAUCAUCGGUGGAGCCGAUUAUAACCAUAGUAAAGUGAACCAGUGGGCAGCGAGGGUAGUGGAGCAUUCACUGUCUCAUCUGGCCAAACAAGGACGGCCGUUCAAAUACAUAGUGAAUUGUGCGAUCAUGCAGAAAACCGGUGCAGGUCUCCAUGCAGCCAGCUCCUGCUACUGGGACACAUCUACAGAUGGAAGCUGCACAGUCAGGUGGGAGAACCGCACCAUGCACUGCAUGGUCACUGUGUUUGCUGUGGCAAUCUGAAGGCGAGGCUGGGCUUCAUAUGUUCUCCCUCAAAAUGCCAUCAGUCUUGAAGCAGAGCUGGUCAGCAUCACACAGAGAUCCUGACCAGAAACGCAACGUUUGUGUACCUGAGUGUGUUUGAGUGGAUUAAAGUUGUUUGCAAUCCAGGCUGAUGGAAGUCUUUUAAGACGUACUUUUCAAUCAUGACACUUGUAUUCUUUGAUCCAAAAGGGUUAAAUGUUAAAUACUUCCUAAAUAGCCAAAAAAUUUCCAGCAGCAAACUUGUUCACCUUUAGCUCCGUUAGCAUUAAAGUUUAAAGAAUAUCUCAUGUUUUGUCCCUCAAGUGGCUUUGAUUUUUCAUUGUUUAAUUUGUUAAUUAAAUUAAUUUACAUUCCUGCAACAAUGAAGACAUUCCCAUCUGCCUUCACUGUACAUUUUUAGAAGCAGUUCUGAAUGCUAAACAUUAAAACAAGUUGAAAUGUUUCUGUACUGUAACAUGUUUCAGAAAAUUCUUAUUGUGUUUCUAACUGCAGUAUUACGAUUGUAUGAAGCGUUUUUGCUUCUAUUCUAGGCUUUUAACAAUUUGUGGACAUCUGGCUUAUUUGGUCCUCUGGUCGUUAAACAGGUACUUCUAAUUUUGUUUCUUAAAAUUCUUCAAAACUGUUUAAACUUUCUGAAAUUGUUUAAUAAAUGUAUUUAUCAAUAUCAA